AUGUCGGACUCCUGCGCGGAUAAUGAAAUUAAAUAUAGCAGUCCCAAACAGUUUGUCGACUUGCCAAAAAAGUAUCUUUAUCGCCAGCGCGCACACUGCAACCCUCUAUCGGACAGUUUUAUACAAUACCCUGCUAAUCCACAGUAUGUUAAUUGGUUCAAAAGAUACCCUGACGACUGUGAAUCGGAUGGACCAUUUGAGCUGAACACGUCGGAAUUUCCGGAAGAAUACACCGUUCCAAUAGACUAUGGAAAAGCGCCCAAAGUGACCAUGUUGGACGUUGGAUGCGGAUACGGGGGUCUGUUAGUGUAUUUGUCAGAGCUCUAUCCGGAAAAACUGGCACUAGGAAUGGAAAUAAGAGACAAAGUAACGAACUACGUGGGAAAGAGGAUUGUAUCCCUGAGGCAACAGAAGCCUGGGCACUACCUGAACAUAUCGGUGGUGAGAACGAACUCGAUGAAGUUCCUGCCAAACUACAUAGGGAAAAGCCAGCUGGAGAAGAUGUUCUUCUGCUUCCCAGACCCGCACUUCAAAAGGUCGAACUGGCGAAGGAGAAUAAUAAACUACUCGCUGCUAAGCCUGUACGCAUACGUGCUGAAAAAGGGCGGAAGGCUUUACCUAGGUGUGUCAGUAAAUUUAAAUUUAUUCUUAGUUACCGAUGUGUAUGAUCUGUAUACAUGGAUGGAGAACGCGCUGGAAGAACACCCAUUGUUCGAAUCACUGCCCAGUUCAGAAAAGGAAAAGGAUGAAUGUUACAUAAACUUUGAUAAAGAAACUGAGGAAGGGAAGAAGAACUCGAGUAACCAAGUUACAAUAUACAAAGAAGUGUACUAUAGAAAAUGA